CCCAGAUAUAAGCAACUCAGUUCCCAGUUGUCACCCACACCUCUGUCUCCAUCAUCGCCGUAGCAGUCCUGCAGGUAGGAGCAUCUGCCCACAGCCUUCUGCACAAAGCCAUGUCCUACCCAGUGACCAGCCAGCCCCAGGGUGCCAGCAGCUGCUACCAGACCCAGCCCUGUGACUGGAACACCACUCUCAUGGACUGCUGCAAUGACAUGCCCAUCUGUCUGUGCGGCACUUUCGUCCCUCUGUGCCUCGCCUGCCGCAUCGCCGACGACUUCGGCGAGUGCUGCGGCACUCCCUGCCUGCCCGGAAGCCUGAACUCCCUGCGCACCGGCAUGCGCGAGCGCUACCACAUCCAGGGCUCUAUCGGGAAAGACUGGGCGGCCCUCACCUUUUGUUUGCCCUGCGCCCUCUGUCAGAUGGCGCGGGAACUGAAGAUCCGAGAGUAAAGACGUUCCCCUCACCCUUCUCCUUUUCCACCCGUCACGCCUGCCCUCCUCCGCCUUCUCUUGGGAGGUUCUAACCCUCCGCCCUAUCCCGCCACCAGAAAUGCACCCACAAUAAAAAAAAAAACCUAAAAACCAA